UUUACGUAUUAUUAUCCGAAUAUGAGUGUUUUGAAUAUAUGUAUACUGCAGGCAGCUCACUGUCACGGUGCAGUCUACUAAAAGGGCAGACCCCAGUGAAUUAAAAGCAGUAUUCUUGAAGUUUUGUAGUGUCACCAAGGAUGGGGAGCAUUACAUGACUCCAACAGACUUUGUGCAGAAAUAUUUGGGAUUACACACCGAUCCACAUUACAACCCCAAGACUGUACAGCUUCUAGCUGGCGUAGCUGACCAAACUAAAGAUGGGUUGAUCUCCUUUCAAGAGUUUCUGGCAUUUGAAUCUGUUCUGUGUGCUCCUGAUGCCAUGUUUAUUGUGGCUUUUCAGCUGUUUGACAAGAAUGGCAAUGGAGAAGUAACAUUUGAAAACAUCAAAGAGAUCUUCAGCCAGACAAUUAUGCAUCAUCACAUUCCUUUCAACUGGGAUUGUGAAUUUAUUCGGCUGCACUUUGGCUUUGACAGGAAAAAGAAUCUUUCAUACUCUGAAUUUACACAGUUUUUGCAGGAGCUACAGCUAGAACAUGCAAGACAAGCCUUUGUACAAAAGGACAAAAACAAAAGUGGCACAAUUGUGGCAUUAGACUUCAGUGAUAUUAUGGUUACCAUUCGUUCACACAUGCUAACUCCUUUUGUUGAAGAGAACCUUGUCUCAGCAGCAGGUGGAACUACCUCGCAUCAAGUCAGCUUUUCUUACUUCAAUGCAUUUAACUCCUUGCUGAAUAACAUGGAACUUAUUCGGAAGAUAUACAGCACUUUAGCAGGCACAAGAAAAGAUGUACAGGUUACUAAAGAGGAGUUUGCUCAUGCUGCCAAUAAAUUUGGACAAAUUACACCUUUGGAGGUUGAUAUCCUUUUCCAGCUUGUGGCUUUGUACAGUCCAACAGGGCGAGUCACUCUGGCAGAUAUUGAAAGAAUAGCACCAUUGGAGGAAGGAGCUCUACCAUACAACCUGGCUGAAGUCCAGAGGCAGCAAUCCUACAGUGAUACUAGCAGGCCUAUAUGGCUCCAGGUUUUUGAGUCUGCUUACAGGUUCACUUUGGGCUCAAUUGCUGGAGCGGUGGGAGCUACUGCAGUUUAUCCUAUCGAUUUAGUGAAAACAAGGAUGCAGAACCAGCGCUCUACAGGAUCCUUCAUUGGAGAACUGAUGUACAAAAAUAGUUUUGACUGUUUUCAGAAAGUUGUACGAUAUGAAGGCAUUUUUGGCCUUUACAGAGGUCUCUUACCACAGUUAUUGGGUGUUGCUCCAGAAAAGGCCAUUAAACUCACUGUAAAUGAUUUUGUACGAGACAAGUUCACUCGAAGAGAUGGCUCAAUUCCUUUUAUUGGAGAAAUCCUCGCUGGUGGUUGUGCUGGAGGUUCUCAAGUAAUCUUUACAAAUCCUCUGGAAAUAGUGAAAAUUCGACUCCAAGUUGCAGGAGAAAUUACCACAGGUCCUAGAGUCAGUGCACUUUCUGUAAUGCGUGACCUUGGGUUUUUGGGUUUAUAUAAGGGUGCAAAAGCUUGUUUUCUCCGUGAUAUCCCUUUCUCUGCCAUCUACUUCCCAGUGUAUGCUCAUACUAAACUGGCCUUUGCAGAUGAGCAGGGUAGGCUGGGUGCGUUGCAGCUUCUUGCAGCUGGUGCUAUUGCAGGUAUUCCUGCUGCUUCCUUAGUAACUCCUGCAGAUGUCAUCAAAACAAGACUUCAAGUAGCAGCUCGUGCUGGUCAGACUACCUAUAGUGGUGUUAUUGACUGUUUUAGGAAGAUCUUAAGAGAGGAAGGUCCCAGAGCUUUAUGGAAAGGAGCUGGAGCCCGUGUCUGCCGGUCCUCACCUCAGUUUGGUGUAACUCUGGUGAGUUACGAACUUUUGCAAAGGUGGCUCAACAUUGACUUUGGGGGAAUCAAACCUGUUGGUUCUGAGCCCACACCGAAAUCUAGGAUCUCCGACCUUCCUCCAGUCUCGCCUCAUCACAUUGGAGGAUACAAACUAGCUGCUGCCACUUUUGCUGGAGUUGAAAACAAAUUUGGCCUCUACCUGCCUAAAUUUAGAUCAUCAGGUGUGGCCUCAAUCCAUCCACAAGCGUCACCUGGUUCUCCAGAAUCUUAAAAGAUCUCCCAAAGCAAUGAGGUGUAAAGCUGCAUGUAGGUGGAGGUCAGUUGGAAUUUGAUUGAAAUCAUGUAUUUCCUAAUUAAAUUUUUGUAAUAAUACUAAAUGUUUGAAUUGUUUGCAUUGCAGAAAAUUGUUGCUACAGAAUUUCCUUGUAUAAUUUUAGAGAUCAUGUGUAAAAGAUGAAACAAAACUCCACCUACAGCUAGAAAUAAAUACUUAAAACCACUUAAAUUUCAUGAUUGUUUCAAAAAGCAAUGUAUUCAAUCGUUGAUUUCAGACUUGAAUACUGUUGAUAUUUGUUGUGUUGACUGCUAUGGACACUUUAAAAAGUUGUUUUAUUCUUGAUGUGCUUUUUCUUGAUCUUUUCUUCUCUUGCUUAUGAAGCACCAGAAAAAAGUUCAAAACAGAACUUAUUAUUAAUGAAAAAGUAUCUAAUGUUACAAAGUUUAAUGCACAUUUUAUUUUGUUCAUUCAUUAAAGUGCAGAAAAGUUA